CCGACGUUUAGGGGGAGUGUCUAGCGGAAAUCGGAUUUCUGAUUGAUUUAUCUCGUAAAGAUUCACUGCCUCUUUUUGAGGCCAAUUCACAUUCCAUUUUAAGACUGAUAACUUUUUAAAAAUUGGCCCACGAUGGCCUGGCGUUUUAAAGCCUCUAAAUAUAAAAAUGCUGCACCCAUUGUGCCUAAGCCCGAAGCAUGUAUAAGAGAUGUGUGCGUUGGCUCAUAUCAGACUUAUGGGAACAAUAUUUGUGCAUCUGCUGCCUUUAUGGCGUUCAACUGGGAGCAUGUUGGGUCAAGUAUGGCAGUUCUUCCUCUGGAUGACUGUGGUAGGAAGAGUAAAACUAUGCCCCUCCUGCAUGCACACUCUGACACAAUAACGGACAUGGAAUUCUCUCCAUUUCAUGAUGGAUUGCUUUUAACAGGAUCUCAGGAUUCUCUGGUAAAAGUGUGGCAUAUACCAACUGAAGGUCUCAAGGAGUCACUCUCAACGCCAGAGUGCACUCUGUCACAGAAACAACGCAGGGUGGAGAAUGUUGGCUUCCACCCUGUGGCCGAUGGUUUGAUUCAUGUAGCAUCAGGUCACGAGUUUGCCUUAUGGGAUUUGACACAGCAGAAAGAAGCCUUUGUAACCAGAGACCAUGGAGAAGUGAUACAGUCAACCUCUUGGAAAAAAGAUGGCAAGUUGGUAGCAACGUCGUGUAAGGAUAAGAAAGUGCGUAUCCUGGAUCCGCGGGCCUCCAGCCCAGUGCUGGGCGUUGCAAAUAGCCACCAGAACAUCAAGGACAGCAGACUCGUGUGGCUUGGCGAUAGUGAUAGGAUUCUAACCACUGGUUUCGAUUCAGCGCGACUUCGUCAGAUAAUGAUCCGCGACAUACGUAAUCUAUCUCAAACCCAGAAGACAUUGGAGCUGGACUGUUCCACUGGAGUACUUAUGCCGUUGUUCGAUGCAGACACUAAUAUGCUAUUUCUGGCUGGCAAAGGAGACACUACCAUACUUUAUAUGGAGUUGACUGACCGCGAUCCAUACCUUAUUGAAGGGUUGAGGCAUUCUGGUGAGCAAACUAAGGGCGCCUGUUUAGUACCGAAGCGAGCGUUGCGCGUGAUGGAGGGUGAAGUCAAUCGCGUUCUGCAGCUGACGGGUUCUUCGGUAGUUCCCAUCAUGUAUCAAGUGCCCAGGAAGAGUUACCGUGAAUACCACGCAGAUCUAUAUCCGGAAACGAGUGGGGCGGUCACCUACCUCAGUGCUCCGAUGUGGGUUCAAAACCAAGAUUAUCCUGUACCGAACAUCUCUCUACAUCCAAAUGCCAAUAACUGUACCCAGGUACACCGCGGUAAUCUUGAGGAAUUAGUCAAAGCUAUUUUGUCUAUGCCACCACCAAAGAAAACGGAUCCAAAACCAAUAGUAACACAACAUAUUGAAGAACCAUCGAAAACAAUAGCGAAACCAACAGCGCCAGAACCAAAAGACGAAGACAGGAUAGACUUCGUUAACGUUAAAGAUAUGAUUAAAGGCAUGGAAAAACAGAAACCAGAUCCGAAAGACUAUUCGAAAGAAAACGGAUUUCACAAGAAAAUCAUUGACAAUGGACACGAUUUCGACAAAAAAAUCAACGACGAAGGCGAAAUUAUAACCGAAAAACCUGAAGAGAAGACCGAAAAGUCCCUCGAAAGGGCCGAGAAGUCCCUCGAAAAGACCGAAAGUUCGGAUUCAUCUGAAUCGUUAUCUAGGAGUAACAGCUUAAUAAAUGGUGUACCGGUACAGGUUCCGAAACCUUUGCCAAGGUCAUCUAUUUCCGAGGCUGGUUCAGCGGAUGAUCAUUCGGAAGCGCCUAAACCUAAACCUAGGACCACAGCCGUAGCAAUUUCCGGUUACAAGCCUCGUCUAGGUCCGAAACCAUUUUCAGCGUCAGCCGGAAACGAAGAGUUCUCUUUCGACAAAGUGUUUUCUGUGCCUGCCGUACCAGGUCUUCCUAAAUCAGAUUCAGGACUUUCCCCAGUCUCAGCACCUGCUUCUACUACUCCUGUAACAACUACCCCACCCUUGAGAGAUGAUGAGAAAGAGAAGUCUCUUUCUCCCACCAGCGAUGUUGACGUUAUACCUAACAAAGAAGAGUACACUAAUGGCAAGUCGGACACAAGUCUGGAAGAGGAGGUGAACUCAUCAGACUCUGGAUAUAGACCCAAGACACCCAGCACGGCUGAGAGAAGAAAGCUAUUCGAGUCUACUGAUGGCAACCAAUCGAUUGCGGACCUUCGUCGCGCCUAUGAAGUUCGCUCUAAGAGCGUUGCCGUCGAACCAGAGGCACCGCCAUCGCCCGCGCCUCUAAGGCGAAGAGAUUCACUGAAGUCCCGUAAAAGUCCAGAACGAGAAGAGAAGCGAUCAUCAGUUCCGAAUGUUACUACUAAAAGAACGUCGACAGUUUUUGGCAAAGUAUCCAAGUUCCGCCACCUGAAAGGCACGCCGGGUCACAAGUCCACGCAUGUAGAGAAUAUCAAGAACAUCAGUCGUCAGAUAUCUGGAGAGUGCAACGGCUUCUAUGCUAAUGGAACCCGUUGCGCAGUCCCAAUUGGUGGUGGAGGUGGAGGCCGCAUAGGGGUAGUGGAGCUACCCCUCGGUGCUACGUCAAUCGCUAAAGCACCCCCUCCGCACCCCUCGGCUUUACAUCCUCUUUCCCUGUUACACCCUGCUCCGUUACAAGAUUGGACCUUCGACCCCUUCAGCGACCAGCGCCUUAUGGUGGCCUGUGAUGAUGGACUGCUCAGGGAGUGGAUCAUACCUGAGGGUGGCCUUCAAGAAUCAACCAACGAGCCUAAAAGAACAUUCUCGGCGCAUCCAGACAAAAUUUACAUUGUCCGCUUUCACCCCACCGCCUCGGAUCUCCUAAUAACAGCAGCUCACGACCUGACUAUCAAGAUCUGGGAUCUCAGCCAAGAAGUACCUACAGCGGAGAUCACGUUAACUGGUCACACGGAACAAAUAUUUGCCAUGGAAUGGUCGCCCUGCGGAGAAUAUUUAGCUACGGUUUGCAAGGAUGGCUAUGUUAGGAUAUACAAACCUCGUUCUUCAACGGAACCAAUCCGAAAAGGCCCGGGACCCGUGGGCAGUCGUGGCGCGAGAAUUGUAUGGGCGUUGCACGACACGCAUCUCGUGGUUACUGGAUUUGACAAAGUGUCAGAACGCCAGAUUCUGCUAUACAAGGCGUGUGACCUGUCGGCGCCAGUGUGCACCGUGGGGCUCGACGUAUCGCCUGCUAUCUUACACAUACACAUCGACCACGACUCCAAUACACUGUUCCUGACCGGACGCGGUGAUUCAACGAUAUACUGCUACGAAGUGACGUGCGAGUCGCCGUUUUUGUGCGCGCUCUCCCAUCACAGAUCCGGCACUUUACACCAGGGCAUCGCGUUCUUACCCAAAAGUCUACUAGCUGUUGAUAAGGUUGAAUUCGCGAGAGCGUUACGACUGACAAAUGGAACGAUCGAACCGCUGUCGUUUACUGUGCCCAGAAAAAAGAGCGAAUUGUUCCAAGAUGACUUGUUCCCGCCCACACUGGUGACGUGGGAGCCCUGGCAAUCCGGAAGAGAUUGGUUGGCCAACAAGCCAGUCACGCCCAGAACCGUCAGCUUGCAGCCGCCGGGCAUGGAAGCAUUAUCGGCUCACUCUGCGCCCGCGCCGACCCCGGCUAAGGAGAAGCCGCCACAGAAACCGAAGCCGGACCUCAUUAAGUCACACGUGCCUAUGGAUCCUAAGGAGAAACAGGAGAGUAUAAUGAAAGCAAUGAGCGCGAAAGUGAAAAUUGAUCUCAAACUCGAACAAGACAGUAUGGAGGGAGUCGACGAGUCCGAAUGGGACCAAUGAACUGCCCACUUUUGUAUAAAUCUCCAUGUAACGUGAACGAGUGAAGAACGAACGAGUGAACGGUACCGUUCAUUCGGAAUGUAUUUAAUUUAGUAUUCUACUAGCUCUAAUUCAGUUGUAAAUGAAAUCUAAUCUAAAAUAAAUUGACAGUGACUAAUAAUCUUUUCAACAUGUCCUAAAAAGAGGUUAUAGGGCCAAAAUAUGGAAUAUUCCCAAAUUAAAUCUUGUGUUCCUAGACCAAUUUGAAUUUCUAAACUAUAUAUGAUUAAGUCAAACUUAUCAGUAGUCCAUCAUGUCCUUAUUCUUUUCAGCACUUAAUGUAAGUACUUGGUCUUGAUAGGCAAAAUUCUAUUAUACCAGAUACCUUCCCAGUCCUGUACGAAACAGUAUUUACGCUACGCUUUUGGAUCAAGUCAAAAAAUAAUUUUUUAAUUCGAAGUUGUCUCUCAAUUACUAUUUCUUAAAUUUCAUUCUGCAUCUCUGACAUUUUAUAGGGCUGUCAAUCUAGUUUACUUUAUAUUUCGUUUACAUCUGAACUAGUAGCGAUAUCGUAUUAUAUAACGUUAUAACUCCCUUUUUUUGCGUAUUCGACGUAUUUACUUACGUCACAGCAUAUAAUUUAAGUAUACCAAUAUUUAGGUAGUUCAUUAACUUUGUAUGUGGCAUGAAAACGUGUAAUAAUGUAAUUACUUGGUGCGAUUUAUGCAAGUAUUUUUAAGCGAUAUAUUUGUGUGUUUCUUAACCAUUUUCAGGUUUGGAUUUUGCGAAGUUAAAAAGAAAAAUCUUUGGUAGCACGUUUUGUAAUCACCAUCAGGUAAUAUCUCAUGGUAAUGAAUCCAGCAUUUCUUAUUAAUCAGAAAAUAAUAUAAAGGAAUUUACUAAAACUUAAAAGGGAAAUACUCAUUGCACAUAAAACUACUAUACUAACGAUAAAAAAAACGUCUAAACAAAUGAAUAAUUCAUAUUUACACAAUAAGAAACUUUAAAAAGUAAUAAAAAUGUGUACUAGUCUACAUUGCUGAAACAGAUCGUGAGGAACCUAGGCAAGUGUACACUUUUCACGGACGUUUUUUGUUUUCCGGGCGGCAUAAAUCUGCUAUGUGAUAUGUACUGGCUUAUUUGGACGAAAAUUCGACGAUAGUAUAUAAUGUAUUUUGGUGAAUAAACACCGAAAAUAAUACGUUUAAAAAUUGAGUAAAAGGUAUCUUAUUUCCACUUAAAUGUAAUUUUUAUAACGAAUUUGUAUUUAUACACAAAUAUAUCGCAUAUAGUAACGUAGGAUCCGUCUUAGUCCAUAUCCAUACAGGAUAA